GGGGCCCGAGGAGGGACGCGCCGGAGCGGGGCCGCGGGGACCUGAGGGAGCGCCAGCCGCGCCAGCCGCCGACGCCGCAGCCGCCUGGGGCCCGCACGGACCCUCCGCCGGGAGUGUAGAAUGAGCCAGGGAGACUCAAACCCAGCAGCUAUUCCGCAUGCAGCAGAAGAUAUUCAAGGAGAUGACAGGUGGAUGUCUCAGCACAACAGAUUUGUCCUGGAUUGUAAAGACAAAGAGCCUGAUGUCCUGUUUGUGGGAGACUCCAUGGUGCAGUUAAUGCAGCAGUAUGAGAUAUGGCGAGAACUUUUUUCCCCACUUCAUGCACUGAAUUUUGGAAUUGGGGGAGAUACAACAAGACAUGUUUUGUGGAGACUGAAGAAUGGAGAACUGGAGAAUAUUAAACCCAAGGUCAUUGUUGUCUGGGUAGGAACAAACAACCACGAAAAUACAGCUGAAGAAGUAGCAGGUGGGAUUGAAGCCAUUGUUCAGCUCAUCAAUACACGGCAGCCACAGGCCAAAAUCAUUGUGUUGGGUUUGUUACCUCGAGGUGAGAAGCCCAAUCCUUUGAGGCAAAAGAAUGCCAAGGUAAACCAACUUCUCAAGGUUUCCCUGCCGAAGCUUGCCAAUGUGCAGCUGCUGGAUACAGAUGGGGGCUUCGUGCACUCGGACGGGGCCAUCUCCUGCCACGACAUGUUUGAUUUUCUGCAUCUCACAGGAGGCGGCUAUGCAAAGAUCUGCAAACCCCUCCAUGAACUGAUCAUGCAGCUGUUGGAGGAAACCCCUGAGGAGAAGCAAACCACCCUUGCCUGACUGGCUCCCAUCAGUGUUCAUAGCUUCCCAGCGUCCUGAGAUCAGUUAUGUCACUGGCACUACAGCAUCCUUCUCUUUCUUAAGGCACUUUGCGUUGUAGAAUGUUCCUGGAUGUUCAUACCUAGUGUUUGAAAGGGAGGAGGGAUUUAAACUGGUCCUGUAUAUAGAAGGUUUGACACAAGAGAAAAUUUAGCCAAGAAGAUUGUUGUUUAAGUUCAUUUGAAACAAGAAGGGGACUUUUUAGUUGUAUGUGUGAUGCAUUCAUUGAAUUAUCACUGUUUUUCCUGGGAUGACAUCAAGCCUAUGUACUGAACAAUAUGAAGGUUCUUUUCUUGGCCUUUUUUUCUAUGGAUUAUGAUAAAUACAAUAAUUGUCAGAGUCACAUCUAUUUGGCUUUAAAACAUGGGGUUCUUUUCCAGUUUUCAGGGUCCAUAAUUGAACCUUUUAUUUUGCAUUACUCGUGUAUAUCCUCAGCAUUUUCUUAACAUCAGAUUAUACUGCUUGUCAUUCAGAAAUGGGAGAUGCUAUAGUUACAAGUGAAUUCAUUCCACUUUGUUCAUUUUUCCCAUGGCUAGUGGUGAAGAACAGGUUUUUCCCCAUGUGGAGGACUCUUUGGAGGGAAUGUUUUUUAUGCUGCUGAGUAUCAUGUCUAUACUAGACCCAUGCAUGCAGGCUUUCUCCCUUGUCCCCACUUCUUUGUUUGUCCUUGUUGACAUUAAAAGCUUUUAACAUGUUUUUGACCUAGAAGCUCUGUUGCUGGAAGUGUAAGUCCCAGCCAGUUACUCUCAUAUGUUGCUUGUGUAUAACUCAUUGUUCUGUGGUGUUGUGUGCUGUAAUCUGUGUAGUGCUAUCCAUAUUCCUAGUCUGGUUUGACUGUUUUUUCCCUUAAAACCUGUUACAGUUUCCUUUUGGGGAAAAAAAAUAUCAGAAUAAUUCUGUUUCCCAUUCUGUAAUGCCUGGCAUUGUUACCAAGUUUCAUACACUCUUAGGUUGUGCAUUUUUUUAAAUUGGCUUAAUUUUUGAAUUAUAUCAGUUCAAAAUAAACAUUCUACCUUCUUCCCACCUUUUAGUGAGAAAGUAUUGGGUUCCUUUAAAUUUUAGGGUUUUUUUGCUAAUACAUCUUCAUUGGAGAGUUCCUUUCAAGAAAGCUCUUGGCAAUCCCUAAUGAUUUGCUUCAGCUUCAAGAGUUGCCAUUUAAAAAAUAAUGGAAGAAUAGAUGAUACAAUAUUCACUGUACAAUUGGAACAUGUACUAGCUGGACCAGGCGGGUGUUAAAGUAAUUCUUAAUUCUUCCAGCUGGACUCUGCAAUGUUCAGAUUCAGUCACCGAGUUCUCUGCUGGCAUGGCAAGUGGCUGUGACUUUUAUGUUGGAAGAGGGUUGCCGGUUUAUGCUAAGAAUCGUUUGAUCAAAAGGGGUAGAACUUGGGCUUUUUUUUUUUUUCUUGUUGAAUCUCUAGAAUUUUUGGUUUUCAUCUUUGUUUAGAAAAUACACUCUUUUUCUGAAUGUAUCAUGUCAUUAAAAACAACAUACAUCUGGUGUUUACUAAACUUGUUUACUAUUUUGAAAUUUUCUUUUUGUUUUUAGUAGCCCAAGGUUCUUGGUUUUCUCAAGACAGAUUGUUUUCUUAGCUGAGGUAUAAGUAGAGGAAGAAAAAUCUGUUGAAGGCAUAAUUCUGUGUGUGUGAAGACCGGUUCCUAUCUAGGUCUUUUUCUUUCUACUUGUCCAAGAGGGGUAAGAUCCAAAUCGGCUCAUGAGGUUGCUCCUGUAGCACGUGCUUUUAGCUUCUCUCUUAACUGAGGAUCAGAUAACCCUUGUGGGUUGGCUGACAGCUUCUUUGUGUAUGUGUAUGAACCUCAGAUGUUACUGCAUCUGCCAGAGCUAUUCAAGCAAUAGUAUUGGAACCACUAGCAUUUUAAAUAAUGAUUCGAUCCCAUUGCUAAUGUACAGAUACCGAAUCCACUUUCAUUUCUUGCCAGGUUUCCUUGCACUGUUUUAGAAAAAGGCUAUUAAUCUUGUUUUUCUUUGAUUGACAUCCCGGUUUGCUUCAGUGACGGAGCUUCCUGCUUAGUCUUUGUACUUUUUAGAAGUCUGAAAUGCAGUGUCCAAGUGAACUGUCCUAGUUGUCAUUGUGAUUAGGGGCCAACUUUCUAGGCAGCUAACAGAGGUACUGUUCUGUUUUCUUUCUUAGCAAAUUUUAAUUCCUUUGCCACCCAUGUCCUCCAUGCUAGAUGGCAGGCAGCGAUGGGGCUGUAAAGCUGUCUGGUCGUAUCUCCUGCAUUAGCAAGGUUCAAGAUGUGCUGCCAGCAGUGAUAAAAGGCAGGCUGCUUGCUGUUCAUGUGCUCUGCGUGGCCACAGAUGUGCCCUAGCUACCACCUUGGGUCUGUUUGGACUGCUUAGGACAUCUGCCUAAACUUCAAUCUUGUCAGAAAACCCAAACCCAACCAAACAAAUCUUGACUAGCUCAUGGCCUGCUCUUAAGAAUUCUGUCACUUGUUUAAAAGUAUAAUUCCAGCUUUUUAUUUUUUUAACCUAGUCACUGUUUACAGUUACAUGCUAAAGCCUGAAAUACUGUCUGUGCUGUGGUGUAUGAGCAUUGCCAAGUUUAUAUUUAUUGCAGUGAAGAAGAAACUAAAAAAUAUAUGAAAAUGAGGAGCAUGUCGUAGCUCCCAGAUCUGUGUGGGUGCAUGUGGGAGAAGUGCGCCUGGGGCUUCUUGAAAAGAGGUCUCUUUGGAGAGGGGUCCCCCAAGCUGCUCCUUGAUGUUCCUGCUUGGGGGUCACUGCUGCUAGCUGACUUGAACCUCCCCAAUGGAAGUUUGUGAUUCUGCUUUGGCAAAGUUUCAUGGACUAGUAGAACUCAUUCUGUUGUAGUGCAUAUUUCAAUAUAAAUGUAAACAUUUCACUCAGA